AUGGAGGAGAAUAUGCUAAUGACAUCAGAUUCCGGCGAAUUUAACUCCAAUAUCGGCGACGUUCCAACUUUAACAUGCAGGUCCCAUGGGGUAGUAUCGGUUAUUGGUAGGAGAAGAGAGAUAGAAGAUGUUGUGAAAGUAGGGUUAGGUUUGAUGGUGAGAGGAGGGGGAAAGUUUGAUUUUUAUAGAGUCUAUGACGGGCACGGCGGGCCCGGGGUGGCGGAGGAGUGUAAAGAAAGGUUUCAUAAACUGUUGGUGGAGGAGAUAGUGUUGGAAGGAAAUGGUAUUGACUUGGGAAGGGCUAUAACCCUCAGACCCGGUCUGACGAUGAACAGAUGUUUCGAGAAGAUGGAUGAAGAAGUGAGCCGAGGGAGGUUGGGGGAGGAGACGGUGGGUUCGACGGCGGUUGUGGCUGUAGUUGGGGCGAAUUGUGGAGACUCCAAAGCUAUGCUAUCGACGGGUGGUAUUGUUAUGGCCUUGUCUGACGAUCAUAAGCCCGAUAGGCCAGACGAACUGAAAAGAAUCGAAACUGCUGGUGGAAGGGUCAUAAAUUGGAAUGGCCAUCGUGUGCUAGGAGUAGUCGCUACUUCAAGAUCGAUAGGCGAUCAAUACCUUAAACCAUCUAUCAUAUCCGAACCAGACGUAAUCAAAAGAGAGUUAACCGAUGACGACGAGUUCCUCAUACUAGCUAGUGAUGGCCUGUGGGAUGUCGUGUCUAACGAAAUCACGUGUCGAGUAGUGAGGAAAUGUAUGAACAGUCGGAUUAAGAGAAGAUCUACUACGAUCGUUGACGGAAACCGCAACCGUGCUGUAGGAGCUGCUGCGGUGUUGGUUGAGCUCGCAAUGGCUCGGGGUAGCAAGGACAACAUUAGUGUUGUGAUUGUGGUGGAGUUAAAUAAACCCUAG